UACUCAUGGUGACAUCACUGCACGACAAACGACGACGCACCAAUCAAUAGAACCAUUGCACUGUGGCACGGGGGGGAAAAAGACGCUCCUGGACUCGCAGCAACAGGGUCCAAAGGAGCAGCACUCGAGUGAGCUUAUCUCACCGAACAGUCCGCUCUGCUCGGCUCGGCUCGGCUCGGCAUCAGUGGGUCAACUGCGCUCGUUACCCAACUCGAACCGCAGCAGAGAGUAUGUGCGACGCGCGACCGGCGGAGGGCACGGGUUGUCUCUGGUCCCUCGAGAAAACGCCGUGUGGAUUAAACGCGAAUUAAUGUGGAAUUUAUCGGAGCCCAAAGGUGGAACGACGACCGGACACAGCGCUUCCUCGUCAGGGACUGACUGAUCAUGGUCGCCGUGGUCCGCUCUUUCAUGGUACUGCUGCUCGCUCAGGUGUUGCUGGAAGGUGCUGCGGGACUCAUCCCGGAGGUCGGCCGGAGGAAGUACAGCGCAUCCGGGAAGCAGGCGCCGGAGCAGUCGGAGAGCUUCCUCAAGGAGUUCGAGCUUCGGCUUCUCAACAUGUUCGGCAUGAAGCGCAGGCCGACGCCGAGCAAGCAGGAGGUGCCGCAGUAUAUGGUGGACCUUUACCACAUGCACUCAGCGAACGGGGACCACAGCGCUAAACGGCCCAAGAGCAUGGGGAAACACGCAGAGAGAGCCGCCAGCAAGGCCAACACGAUUAGAAGCUUUCACCAUGAAGAGUCCAUGGAGGCGCUGGCCAGCCUGAAGGGCAAAACAACCCAGCAGUUCUACUUCAACAUCACUUCCAUCCCUGCUGAGGAGCUCAUCACCUCCGCAGAGCUUCGCAUCUACAGGCAUCAGGUCAUGGACGCGGCAGCUCCCAACAACAGCUCCAGAAACAGCAGCACUAGUGCGAAUGCUGGCAGCUUCCACCGCAUCAACAUUUAUGAGCUAUUUGGAGUUCCUGCCACUCACGGCGGGGAGCCUCUGGUGCGUCUACUGGACACUCGGCUGGUGCAGGACUCUUUGAGCCGCUGGGAGAGCUUUGACGUCAGCCCGGCCAUAUCGCAAUGGACCUCUGGAAAAAGCCACAAUCAUGGCUUUAUGGUGGAGGUGCUUCACCCAGACGCAGCAAAGACAGACGAGGCGCGCGCCCAGGUGCAUGGCAAGCAUGUGCGGGUGAGCCGGUCCCUGCACCAGGAUCGGGACUCGUGGCCUCAGGCUCGACCCUUGCUGGUGACGUACGGCCACGACGGCCGCGGGGACUCGGUUCUCCACACGCGGGAAAAACGCCAAGCGGCGCUACGCAAGCCCCGCCGGAAGCACAUACACAAGAGCUGCAAGAGGCACGCCUUGUACGUGGACUUCAGCGACGUGGGCUGGAACGAGUGGAUAGUGGCGCCCCCCGGCUACCACGCCUAUUACUGCCACGGGGAAUGCCCGUUCCCGCUCGCAGACCACCUCAAUUCGACCAAUCACGCCAUUGUGCAGACGCUGGUCAACUCGGUCAACGCGAACAUCCCCAGAGCCUGCUGCGUGCCCACUGACCUCAGCCCCAUCUCCCUGCUCUACCUAGAUGAAUAUGAGAAGGUCAUCCUGAAAAACUACCAGGACAUGGUAGUGGAGGGAUGCGGCUGCCGGUGAGGAGCUGACAGCGGGGUGCAUAGAAAGACAAAGGGGGCAUCAAAGACUGAUAAAGACAUUCAAUGUUAUUAUGAACACCCGGUUUCCCAAUGAAGACGUUUAUUUAUAUGGAAAAAGACAAAACAGAGCUAUUGUGGAAGAAGAAAAAAACUAUAUACAAAUAUAUUUAUGUCUACGUAAAGUUGGGAAAAAUAAAUAUUUUAAUCAGAGGAAUAUUCCUUUACUGGUUUUCAAAAUGUAUUUCUGAUAUACAUUUCGAAAUGGGUGCAAUACCACAUGAAGUAUAUUGCUCAGAUUUUUAUUUUGUAUUUAUUUCUAUUAUAACCACUUUAUUUGUAAAUAAAUAA